UGGGGCUGCAUCUCCUCCGCCUUCCCCCGCCCCUGCUCUGUAGGCCGUUUUGGCCCAAGCAGCAAGAGGGCGGUGCACGACUGGGUUUGCAAGCGUUGAUUGACUAUUGCACCUCCCUCUCUUGCAAGUCAGCCACAGUCUGCUUAUUCUACAAGGGCUUUUGACGCAUUUAGGAAUCGAUUCUGGGUGUGAUUUGGCACGCGCUCACCAGCAAGCAAAACACACAAAAUGGGAAGCGGUCUGUCGAGCUGCACGGAGCGUUCUCAGGACGGGGUUCCAGCAGGGAGCAAGAAGAUUCUGUUGCCGGAGGAUAAGAUCCCUGAAAGUUGGUAUAAUAUCCAAGCCGAUCUGCCUGUGCCUAUGCCGCCAGUUCUUCACCCUGGGACCAAGCAACCAGUGGGCCCGCCAGACCUGGAUCCGCUCUUCCCGAUGGCCCUGAUCAUGCAGGAAGUCUCGCAGGAAAGGUACAUUCCGAUUCCCGAUGCGGUGAGAGAGGUGUACAAGAUUUGGCGUCCUUCUCCGCUGUUCAGAGCCUUCGCGUUCGAGAGGGCACUGGUGAAGGAGGGAUUGUGCAAGCCGGGGGUUAAGAUCUUCUACAAAUACGAGGGCGUAAGCCCUGCAGGAUCACACAAGCCGAACACGGCGGUACCGCAGGCGUACUACAACAAACAGGAGGGGGUGAAGAAGCUGGUCACGGAGACAGGUGCGGGACAGUGGGGAUGUUCUUUGGCUUUUGCCGGGAAGCAAUUCGACAUCGACGUCGAAGUAUAUCAGGUAAAGGUUUCUUACGAUCAGAAGCCGUACCGCCGUGCGUUCAUGGAGACGUUUGGUGCACAGUGCUACCCGUCACCCUCUCAGCGCACCGAGUGCGGUAAGAAGAUAUUGGAGCGCGAUCCCCAGUGCAUGGGCUCUCUCGGCAUAGCGAUUUCCGAGGCUGUUGAGUGCGCUGCGACCGUGCAGGAGAAUAAGUACUGCCUGGGCUCCGUCCUCAACCACGUUCUGAUGCACCAGACUGUGACUGGCCUGGAGGCGAUCGAGCAGAUGGCGUUGGCCGGCGAGUAUCCUGAUGUGUUGAUCGGAUGCACUGGCGGCGGCUCCAAUUUCGCGGGCUUGUGUUUUCCAUUCCUCGGGCAGAAGUUCCGCAAGGAGGCGAGAAAGCCGAAUUUCCGUGUGCUCGCAGUGGAGCCAGCGAGCUGCCCGAGCCUGACGAAAGGCAAGUACGCGUACGAUUUCGGCGACACCGCGCAGAUGACGCCGCUGAUCAAGUCACACACCCUCGGCCACACGUUCAUGCCCCCGUCCGCGCACGCUGGCGGCUUGCGCUACCACGCGAUGGCCCCGCUGAUUUCCCAUCUGAAAGAGCUCGGGUACCUGACCGCAGAGGCAAUCCCGCAGUCCGAGUGUUUCGAGAUGGGCGCGCUCUUCGCGAAAACCGAGGGCAUCUUGCCAGCGCCGGAGGCGAACCACGCAAUAGCGGGGUGCGUCCGCGAGGCGAAGAAAGCGAAGCCUGGCGAGGUGCUUCUUUUCAACCUGUGCGGCCACGGGCAUUUCGACAUGACGGCUUGGACCGCGUAUAACGAGGGGAAGUUGGUGGACUACGAGUAUCCUGAGGGGGAAGUCGCGAUGGCUCUGGCGGGGAUCCCAGUUGUACCAGAUGCCAGUAACGAUUCGAAGUGAUUUCAAUAGCUUGAUUUGUUCCAUGUAGGCGUUCACGUGAGGGUUCAGACAUUCGCAGUCUGAUUAAAGACAUGUGGACGGUAAAAGUGAGCGCAUCCAUCAAUGCCAUUCGAAUUGUCAUGCAGACUUCACACUCAAAAUCAACAUGGACGGCAAGCAGUGCUUGCAUUGAGCGCAAGGAGCUGGCUGGGAGUCCAGGCUUUCCGCAUUGCCAGCGCCCCUGGCCGCCUGGUGGGCGCCUGGGGUUGACUGGGAUUGGUCACCUCUGACCAACAGCAGUGAGUCGUAUCGAAAGUUGUUGAUAUUGAUCUUUCCUUUUUGAGAUCCUUUGAAAGGCUUGCGUUAUCGCGCUGUGACUUCUUGGAGAUGUUCUCUUCUGAUUUCGCGUUUUGCCCACCAGGCGAACACCUAAUCCGACUGGGUGUUCGCCUCGUGGGCGCUCGUUGCCGCCUCGUGUGCGCCACGUGUUGCUUCCACCGCGUAUAUUGGACCGCUGGGCUUGCAUCACAUAGUUCCCCUAACCAGGGGCCCACAAACUCAUUGCUUGGGGGUCACCUGGCAACAAUUUGUCAGCGUGGUAAGGUCGAUAUCUGCAGCUUCUGGCAGAGUAUGACAUCUGACGUUCGAUAUCAGCUCUCGACUUAGCAAAGUAUGCUGGUGUUCUGAGCAGUAGAUUAUGAGCAUGCGACCUCCCAAACUAAAUCAUACACCGUGGUCGGUAGUGCGAGGGAUGCACAGCUUCUUAUUUGGAUGAUGGUUGGUCUUGCAAACGGGGAGAUCUUCAACUCAAGGAUACCUCGACAUCCUCUUCUUUUACGGAGCGGACUACGUAGGGGGGAAUCAGUUCGUGAUCAGCGGGCACGGAGCAGCUCUUGAAGCCGUCAGCGAAAAGAUGGGGCAAGCAGUCUGGUUUCAGCUAGGACGAUUACUGUGCGGAGCAGAAAGUGCCCGUGGUGAGCAAGAUCCCCAGUCGCAUGGUGGCCAUGGGUCCAGUCCGUCCAGGCUGUCCUGAGGUUCUGCCUCUUACCCGCACCGAGGUGCACCUCUUAUAGCCUGGCGCAGCUACAAGAACUGCUUUCGUCAGGAGCUCUUUUCAAAUAUCUGCUGGUCGACGCCCUGGUUAAGCGGAGGGGUCUGCUAGCCGCCCUUACGAGACUCGCUGGUCUACGACCCGUGCUUGUAAGGCAAUAUUGUUAAGCCGGUCCUGGAUUUGCCGCCCCGCAGGGGCCCGAAGACCUCUUGCUCCCCGCUCUUGGCACGCCCGAAGGCCGACGACGUCGAUCAUUUCCCGCGCGUGUGUCAGUGGCAUACUCGGACAGUAGGUAAGGAUUGGUGCUGAGAGGCGAUGUCGAGCAACGGGGUGAAACGAAAUCUGGCCCAGGCGGCUCCGCAGUAGGCAGGAGGCAGUGCGCCACCUCCUGCGGGAGGCAAUGCUAUCCUCCCUGCGCGAGGUAAUACAGCAGUCCCUGCAGGAAGCAAUCCAUCACGCUCCGUGGGCGGGAAAGCGAUCCCCCCCCUGCGGGAGGCAGUGCAACACUGAUUGGACCCACAUGGCAGGACUCCGACCCGCGCGGG